AUGACUUCAGCAGCCUAUAAAUUCGAUGCCGGACAGAGUUACCCCGGCCAGUGUCUUCUUCCUGCUGCUGGGAGCCGCCGAAGGAGAGACGACGGACCUCUCCUGCUGCAGCUCCACUGUGUGGACGAGCCCUCUGAGCUCUGCUCUGUUGACGUCAGCGAACGCCAGCUGACCUCUGUCACCUCAGAGGACUUGGAGUUGUUUGAUAAUGUAGAAUCCAUAGACGCGUCUAUCAAUUCGCUCUCUUUAGGAUCUUUCAGUAGUUUCCGAUCUUUAAGGGAGAUCAAUCUAGCUUUAAAUAGGAUUCGCAGUAUGACUUUUGAUGCUGCUGAGUUCCCAUAUCUUGAGGUUCUGGAUUUGUCCUACAACAGCAUGUCAGCCGACGGUUUUGUGUCCCUCGGUCGUCUUCCUGUACUGAAAGUCCUUCAUUUGACUGGAAAUCAACUCCGUCGUCUUCCUCCCCGUCUUGACUCUUCGUAUCAUGAACCCACUCAGCUGCCGUCUGAAGAGGAAGACUCCCCGUUCAGGUCUCUGGAAGUCCUGAUGCUUGAUGAUAACAAACUGUCAUCUGAAGUCUUCAACAGCCUGAUCCACCUCAAAAAGCUAAGGUAUUUAAACCUGAAGGGGAACCACAUUUCUGAAAUACCACACAUGGAGCUGAUGGGCUCAUCCAAACCUGUGCCGGGCUCCGCUGAAGCCCAGGAUGAGGGCCUUGCCCACGAUGAGCCAGAUCCCCUCAUGGGUGGAUAUCUGGAGGUACUCUCCCUGAUGUUUCAGCAAGACAACUGGAAGGAGCGCUGCGAAGAGAACCAACAGCCUUUACCAGAGCUCCGGUUCCUCAAUCUAGCUCACAACAAGAUCGUCAAGGAGGAAGUGCUGGUGGCCGCCGCUCUCUUCCCAAUGCUUCAGGAAAUCGACGUUCAGUGUAACCCUCUAACAACACAGAGGAGAGGAGACUCUCCCUUACUGACGUAUAUCCAGGAGAGACUGGGAAUAACCAUAAAGCGGAGGAAGACUGAGGAGGUCGCCAAGAUCCCGCUGACUCUGUCCACCUGUCUCAAAUGGAAGGUGGAAGAAACCGUCCCGAAGGCGUCGCGGAGAUCCCAGCUGAUGGAUGCAGGUCGUCCCUCACCCGGCAGGAGAGCAGCAGCUUCUGAGGGCGGCGGCGGCGGCGGCGGCGGCGGCGGCGGCGGCGGCGGCGGCGGCCGGCGGGAACAGGCAGAGCAGCUCUUCAUGACUCAGGCAGCAGAUGUUCCUGAGCUGGACGUUUCAUCCGAGGACAAAGAAGCUGCAGAGAGCAGGACUGGGAGCAAAACCAGCCCCAGACGACUCGCAGACUUUCAAAAGUUUGUGAAUGGAAAACCAAAACCUCAUGUUUCCAAAGCCAUUGGAUUUCAACCAGCUAUUUGGAUGCUGAAGCACACGCUGAACAAUCUCAAUGUUUACAGAGACUCAAAACCAAGGCUUGAUAGCCUCCAGAAGCCGUACAGGGAGAGAGAGAAGAGGAUUAAGGAACUGCCACCUUUGAAAACUAUAAGAAAUCAACGUGUAAGAGCAGAGGAAAUGAUGAAGGAAUUCAAAGAGAGCAGCACAAUGAAAGUCGUGGCCUUAGACGGCGCCUCACUCAACUCCAGCAAUAACCAGGACGAAGGCAAAGAAGCUCGGUCACUGCUUAAGGAUCUGAAGGCGAAGUACAAGAUGGUUUAUGAGAAAACAAUGGAGCAAAUAACCAGCUUUGAAUCUGACACCAGCUGAGAGA